UGCAAGGUGUUCAGAGCUAGCAAGAAUGCAAGGAGGAAUUAUGCAAGGUUUUCAGUUUCAGUCAGGAGAGCCUUGAUGGUAGUCACAACUACUCUCAGAAGUACUGAUCUUCUUGAGUCUUUCCAUAAUCACAACAUUUCCUCCUCGAAGUUAUAAAGGACAAAGGACAGACUGAACAAUAUCCUUAGAGUUAAGCCUGUGAUAUUGAUAGGGUCAGAAUGGACAGAAAGCACGGAAAAUACACCGUGAAUGCCGAAUGUGCUGGAAAUCAGAUGCCUAACACGUGUCCACAGGACCAAGAGGCUCACAGUUCCACAGGCUGGUGUCCACCUUCCAAUGAAAUAUCCAGUGAUGUUUCCUCCAACUUAUCUGGAAUCUUGAUGAGCCCAGGAAUCCUUGCACAGUCAAGAUGUCCACAGGCACAAUUAACCAGUGCACAGAUGAAAAGAGAAAACUGCAGUAACUGGUCACUGUGGAAAGUUUUCCUGGCUUGUCUUUUGGCAUGUGUGAUAACAACAGCAAUUGGAGUCCUCAUAGUAUGCUUGGUAAACAAUGAGGGAAAUAACUCCCCCAUUGUUAUCCAGCUGCUCACAAACAGUGAAGUGCCUACAGCAGCCUGUACAACCCCUGCCACUUCUGCUGAAACCACAACAGCAGCUGCUUCAUCAAGACCUACAACCCCUGCAGCCUCCACCAGUGCUAUAAGAGCAACUACUUCAUCUCAAGCUGUAACCGCGGUACAUGCAACUUCGGCCACAGGAUCUACAGCUGUGACAACACCCACGGAAACUACAGCCACAGCAGCCUCAACCAUCAUUCCCUCUCAACCUGCAAACACAAGGGCUAGCACGUCACGUGAAGGGACAAUUGCCACAUCUGCCACAGGAUCUACACCGACGACAGCAUCCAGUAGAGCUCUACCUGUAACAGCUUAACCCCUUCCCCAAAAGCCACACCUCUGAGUGAAGCCACAGCUGCCACCUAACACACUCUACAACUGUGAUAAUUUCAAUAAAUUUAGCUACUGCUCAGCCAAUCACUAUUUCCCAUUUUUCAAUGGUGCUCAUGACUAUGUUCACGUCAACUAAAUCUAUAACAAAUACUACUUCCACCUGCCUUGCUUAACAGUGCUCACCACUCUCCUUCAAUAUUUACAAUCUUCACUUUUUCAUUUGCACCUGCAAUCACAAAGCCUGCCCUUAUUUCCCCUUUACAGAAGUAACGUCAAUCACUACAAUGAUCUCUUCUAUAUCAAAUUAACCAAUAAUUAUCACAACUACAAAUAAACUAACAACUAUAAUCUACAUUGACUUUUUCCAAAGCUAAAAUUAUAGCUUCCACUGGUACAAUAACUGAAUCAAUAUUGUCAUUACUUAUAUUUUCUUUUCAUCAUCAUUAGUAUACUGUACCUGCAGCAAUUAUCAUGAUGCCACUUGAAGAACAGUAAUUUCACUAUGAAUAAUGGAAUAAUUCCCACAAUUUUCAUGAAAUCAACACUUCAGAUUUCUGGAACUAUUAAA